AUGUCAUGCCGGUUUGUCUUGUGUCUUAUUGACAAAUUGCUUGACCAUGGCAAAUCCAUGUCCCAUGUGAGUACUGACGACAUGCUUUCCUUGAUGAUGCUCAGACGAUUCAAAGCUAGCAAAUGCGAGUUGAUCAGUACCGGAUCCUGGUUGCGGUUGCAAUGUACUCCGGAGUUGGAAGAUGAACUCACCCAGGCCUUCCUGACCAAGAUCAACGUCACAGUGGUCUGCAAUUUGGGAUUUUUUUCCGUUGAGUGCAACACAUUGGACAUGACCUCGCAGGUGUGUGAUAGGGUUCCGGCCAUUGCUGCCUCUUUGGUUUUGGACUCGGCCACUUUUUCAGAUGUUUCCAAAGAUGAUGAGGUUUUGCUGCAAUCGGACAUGGUGCUGCUUGCAUCCCAAGUGGUUGUACUUCUAUGGCGCAUGCCAUUUCAAUUGCGCGGGUGCAGUAUUUGA